AACACGUGCUGGUUUCGUGUUCUAACAGAAAACAUCAAAAACAUUUACGACCGUCCUCUCCUUUCCCUUCCAUUUCCGAGAAAAAUUUCUUCCUCUGAAGCUUAAAGAAAACCCCAAGAAAAUGAGCCCAUCUCAGAGUAUUCAGAACUCACUCCCACAUGAUAUUUCCCUCAAAAUAGCUUCAUCCCUUCAGGUUUUUGAUGUGUGUUCAUUGGGAAGUUGCUCCAGGUUUUGGAGGGAGCUGUGCGGGUCUGAUUGUGUGUGGGAACCUCUUUGCAAAGACAGGUGGCCUGCACUUGAUUUUGAUAAAGAUUCGUCAUUUUUUCAAUAUCGAAAUUUCGAGCUCGAUCAAGAAAUUGUUUCCAAUUUAAAGGGAUGGAGGGCUUUGUAUAUAAACAAGCACAAUGAGAUAGCUGAAAAAGCAGCUUUGGUAAUGAAUUUUGUGGAAGAUGCUUUAGCUUUUGAGUCCAUUGAAGUUGGGCGUUAUUUGAAAGCAAUUGAAUUCAUGAAGUCAAUGCAGUUUGGAUUCAAAGAUGUCCAAAUGUUCUUUCUCAAACGAAAGCAUAAUGUGCUGCUAAAUUUGGUUGGCUUGCACUACAGCAUCAUAUGGCUGGACGUGCCGUCCAUAUACAUCAUGGAAGCACUGCAUAGCAAUGAGAUUACAAAGAGGCAAGUGUGUGUCCAAUGGUGGAAGCUUGGCAGAUGGUGUCGCGGUUUUCGUUUACGUGAUGAAUUGUGUUCUCGUAGCGUCUCUUUGGAAGACCUAGUGGCAUCCAACGAAGAAGUCCUUAGGGUGCUUCAUCGAGGUGCCAUUCAUGAAGUCUUGCGUGUUCAGAUAUCUGCCGUCAAGCCUACGUCCACAUCCUGGUCACACCAAGUUGCACAAAAUGUGAAUAAGUGAAGCUUCAAUCGGCUGGGCAAUUAUGUAUAUGUUUCUGUUUAGAUUAUUCUCUGGUUUAUGCUUUUACAAGAUUAAGGAUGGUCUAAUGACUAUUUUAUCCCGCUUUGUGAAAGGGAUUUAAAAUGAUUGCAGAAAACCCUCCUAGCCGUCCAAUAAAAGAAAUGUAUAUAUUGGGCGCUGGUAAAUAUCUAGUGAAAGAAUACGGAAGCUUUUGUAAAUAUUAAUUUCUCAUACUUUAGGGAAACUCUUUUAUACCUUCCUUGGCAAUGUUGAGGACACUGAUUGUGGAAUUGCUACUAAAGCAUCACCUUUGUGUAUGAUGUAAAUUGUCAAAUAUCGUUGUCAUUAAAGUGAUUGCGUAA